AUGGCCAUCAAUCAAGAAGUAAUUGAAAAAGUUCCUGCACAUGGCGUUUCUUACUACACACCGGCCCAGAAUCCGCCAGCUGGCAUGCAGAUUGAGGGUUCAGUAAAGCUUUUCAAUCUGAUUACCCUCCGAGGUCUCACCCUUCCAAAUCCUCUUUUCCUAGCCCCUCUCUGCCAGUACUCUGCCCAGAAUGGCUAUGCUACCGAUUGGCAUCUAACACAUCUGGGUGGAAUCCUGCAGCGUGGACCAGGGCUGGCAAUUAUGGAGUCAACUACUGUACAAAGCAUUGGUCGCAUUACACCGCAAGAUUUGUGGCUAUACAAAGACGGACAGAUCCAGCCGCUGAAGAGAAUCACUGAAUUUGCUCAUAGCCAGAGUCAGAAAAUUGCUAUUUAA